AAUCAGAUCACAAUACACAUCCCAAUGCCCACUUAAACUACUUCCCAAUAACAGAAAUUCGUAUCCUUCCCAUGAGACGGCUAUUGUGUCCUUCUUCUGCUUUACCUUGCAUCCUGUUCGUGCGAUGAUUUUUGCUGUGCGCAUUGAUCUGCCUAUUCUGUCUGGCCCCCAAUUAGCCGCCAGGACAACAACAUUCAACGUGUUGCCUGUUUCCUCGCAAACCGGCGCACCACUUCCACUUUACAGAUUGCCUCUUUAAGUAUCCGGGUCAUGAUGGAUUGAAUCAGCCAAAGUUGAGCCUUGCUGGGUGUCGUGCACGAAAUCUAUUCACGGCAGAUUUUUCAAAGAACGGCGGCGCCGUCCAGUUUUUCGACGCACUCCUCAACAAGACGAUCAGCUUGCAUGAGAUGAGGUUCCUGCUGCCUUCCUCAUAAGCUACUGCAGCUACGGCACAUGUGAAUUCCCUGGAAUUCCUUCCAAUAUUACGACUAGCCAGAUGGACGAUCAGAAUACUGUGCUAGUGGGCCGGUCUAACACCACGAUCAAAGAUGGCAGCUCAACCAGUAGCGUUGGCUGGAAUUCCACACUGCACCCGAAGCCAGGCAAAGCGGGCCUGGCUGCAACUUUCGAUGUUCCGCCUCCUACUGCGCCGCGUUCGAUGAGGCGGGACAUCUCACCACCACCUUUGAGGAGGUCAGACACUUACCGGCCUUCUGAGCCUCAGGAGCGACGAGGACAGUUUGACUCGUACAGGCCUGUACCUUCUCGCCACAGUGGCCAUAUUCACCCUGAAAAUAGAUAUCCUGUAUACGACCGCUACCGGCCCUAUACAACGCAGGACGAUGGCAACGUGGACCACCAGAGAGAGCCAAAGUAUCCCUCAAGAGGCUAUGAUAUAGGUGCUCCCGAGACAAGAGUGGGUGGGCCACGACGGUACUUGUGGUGGUCAAAGGAUUCUCGGGAAGACAAUCGCAAAAGUGUAAUAGUCGGACAGAAACGUGUGCAGCCUUCAACUUCGGACCUCGGAACAUACUCUGACAAAACUGGCGGCUCAAUGAGUCAGUCCGCCUCAAUUCCUCGAAGACAGGAGACGGAAAAGCAGGUGGCCCCAAACUUGAAUAAUACACUGCAGCCUAUCAGUUGUGCAGGGCUGGCUACCAAGAACAACAGCCCUAUGGGGCAGCAAAACGUUUCUGAGGGAGAUUCGGAGGUCGAUAUGGAAGUCGAUGAUGGCCACAGUGGCGACUUCCAAAACUCAUUGAAGGCAUGCGCACCAGGCUUGGCGUCAUCUGAUGAUAGUCCAACCCGCGAUUCGUCUGCUCUUCCCUUAUCUCACGCGUCAACACCGAGGAUCAUCAUCCCUCAACUGCCAGAAAGUCCGCCGUAUAGCCCCCCACUCUCAAUCCAUUACGAUUCAGAUGACCAUCGGCAGUAUGGGCGCUCCGCUGCGGUUGACAAAGAGACAAUGAUUGAGGCGCUCGAUAAAGGGACCUGGGUUAAAACGUCACACGGCUUUGCAGGCCUGUGGCUACCGCAUUCUUCCAAUGCGGAGACUGCAUCAACAUCUUCAACGACGUCCCGGACCAAAAAUCUAUGCAAAAGCUGUCGUACGCCUGGGAGUCAACUCACUCCUCUGGUUCCUUGCAGUAGUUGCCGGCGAGGUUUUCACAAUCGAUGCGGAAACCCAAAGCCCACUGAAAGUGAGAGACUCGAAGACUUCGUGUGCGGACGAUGCUUGAAAAAGGAACGAGAAGCUGCAAGUAAUAACUAUUCUGAAGCACCCAAAAUCAUUUCCGAUGCUCCCACAAUCGAAGACAACUCCCCUCCUGCCAACGCGACGCAACCUUCUACCAAUCGCACCGCAACCACAAUAAAAUGGGCCGGACCGGAAAAGAGCGACAGCGGUAUGACAAGAAACAUGACUGGCCGCCCAAAUAUGCUACAUGCACAACAGCAGGCUCAAUCGAGCCCUGGCAGUGCUGCGCAGGCGGCGAAUGUGGUCCCGGACGCCGCGAUUCAAGGUACUCGAUAUAAACACAUCACAUGUCCUAAGUGGCAGUCCGACGGUUGCUUUCUUGCUGAAGCACAUUGCGAAUUUGCACAUAACGACACUGGCCGCUCUGCACCAUUCGGAAGUCAGCGUGCAAAAGAUUUCACAUGCCCUAGAUGGCUGUCCGGGAUUUGUCUGAAGACAGAGACUGACUGCCAGUAUGCUCAUGCCAACACCGGCCUAUACGUCGGCGCAGAUCAUAAAGCUUCCAAAAAGCACAUUACAUGCUACUACUGGUAUACAGCGGGGCGUUGUCGACUGGCCGAUGAGGUUUGCCUCUACGCCCAUGAGGAUACUGGUAUAGUCGCCUGGCAGCCCACCAAAGAAGCCCAGGCGAAACCGGGAGAGCCCUGUUUGAAGUCUUAUACAUGUCCUCGAUGGGAGGCGCGUGAGCACUGCAAAUGGGUGGGCAAGACGUGUCCUUAUGCACAUUGGCCUGGAGGAAAGUCUUGCUUGACGAUGGACGAGCCACCAGAGAGCAGACAAAGCGCAGAAACACCUCCUCCUCAAGCAUCGAUCCCCCCUUGGGCUAAGAGUGCACGUCGAAGUCCGGUCGCGCUUCGUGCAACGAUUGCGUUUCCUGACCGUGUGUCACAGAUUUCUACUGAAGAGAUUGAUCAACCCUUUUCACUCUCGUCCGAGAGCUUCGUGGGUCAACGUCAGAAGUUGCCGAGCGAGCCCUCGAACUUGAACGUUAAUGCACAAUCGGCGGCAGCAGACUCCCCUAUUAAACACAAAGCCAAGCGGUCAAACGUAGACCCGCGAAAGAGGAAAAUAGCUUCAACGAUGUCCUCUCGGGUCCCUAUACCCACCUUGACGUUGCCAGCUGCAAUGAGUCCGACUAUGAGCCAGACGAUUCCAGCAGGCAAGAAGUCGUGCGAGAUCUGUCAAAAGACCAUCUUCAACACUAGCCGCUGUGUCGAGUGCAGCGACGGAACAACAGGAUCGAACGAAGCCGCACCGUCGGCUGAAGUGAGUGUGAGCAUGACCCAGACCAACAUAUCGUCGUUCGUCGAAGAUGGGGUUCCUGAAGAGGUAAUUGAGGAUGACAUACAUAUAAGCCUUCGGCGGCCACCUAACGAUGCUCUACUUCGGGAAGCUCUCGUGGCUAACAGGUUGAAACGAUCUGCACCAGAAGAUAACUUGUUUGUCAGCAAGAAACCCAAGCUGUCAUUAUCAGCAUUGGAGCAGGUCAAAGAUGCAGCUGCUGGAGCGUGCGUGUCUGGUCCUGCUGGGGCCACGGGCGAGAGAAGACAAUCUCUGGAGGAGUUGACCAGACAAGCUAUGAUUGAGAAGGAGAAGUCGACCGAUACGCAACAGGCUGGACCACAACUGGAGCUCGUCGAGCAGACGCAAACAGAGACAGACGCUGUCCAAGAGACAUCACAUCUUCAUCCGUCAGGACCUCCGAGCUUGACUACACCCGGCCAGAACAAGGGAGUUGAUCCCUCGCAGGAUGAAAGUGCUCGAACUACGGGCAGAAGCCACAUUAACCCUGAGCCUCCCUAUUCAAAGUUCUCGAAGAACGAGCAUGAGGUAUUCUCAGUUGCAUAUGCUCAGUACCCCGGUAAUUUCGAAAAGAUCGCAGAAUUCUUCCCAAGAAGAACUAUGCAAGACUGCUUCAAGCAUUACCGUAUCACGAGGCACCGAGACAAUGCUCCUACGGAUAUACAUAACCCUGGAACUGCCCCAAGCGUCGACAGUCAACUCUCGUCGGAGCAGAGUUCUGUUGACGAUAGGACUUCGGUACUCCAUACUCAGACUGGCCGCGCCAUGGCCGGGCCGAAUGUUGUUCGGCCUGAAUCGCAGCAUUUGAGCGAACAGUCUGUUCCAGUCACUGCUGGAGGCGAUUCUCGGAUUCUUCUCACGACGUUCUCGCCAAAUGCAAGCCAAAACGUGCUUUUGCCUAACGGCCUGCUGAAGCGCUGUUGUAACUGCAGUAAAGGCCACAAAAGAUGCUUUCACGACAUGACCGGCAACUUGGACGCGGAAAAGUGCUCUAGAUUUCUGCGCGAGCACAACAAUCAAUAUCCAGGAAGGAAUAAAGUGGCACGUCGCGAGUGGAACGAGAUCGUACGAGUGGCGCGCACUGCUUUAUCUGAUGAACCUGAAUCGCAGAGUGCAGAUACCCCAUUCAACCAAGACGACCAUGUGGAGGAUGGCGCAUCAGUGAAUGGUGAGGUGAUGGAUGUUGACGAACUUGUCUCGCAGAGUGCAGAUACUCCAGUCAACCAAGACGAGGAUAGAGAGUGUGGCUCAUCAACGAAUGUUGAGGUGAUGGAUAUUGACGAACUUGUCUCGCAGAGUGCAGAUACUCCAGUCAACCAAGACGAGGAUAGAGAGUGUGGCUCAUCAACGAAUGUUGAGGUGGUGGAUCUUAAUGAACUUGAGGAUGAGGAGGGUGAUUCAGAAGACGACAUUCCACUGCUCCAAGUGCGGCGGCAAUCAUAUAGGCGUCAACAAAGCGGCACACCCCAGCACUCCGCCACAUCACGCGCUGAAUAUGGCGAUGUCCGGCAAAUCAGUGGUUUGACGGCGGUCAACGACAUGCAGGAGACGGGAAUAUCAGACCCGUGGCGGGCCUCCACAAGUUCCCGGCCUCUGUUUGAAAAGAGUAUAUCGGUUGAAGGAGCAAGCAAUGGUUUACUUUCACCUUUUCAGCCACCAAUUGCAGGUCCAGGUUUACAGCGACCGUGGUCCAAAGCCGACAAGGCAAAGGCAAUAAGGAAAUUGCAAGCCCGUGGGGUGGUGUUCGAGUCAGAUUCAGACGAAGAGAUGGACGACGACCCAGUAUACGAGCUGCCUUCCCGACGUAUUGAUCCCCUAUGGCAACCUCAACAGUCAAUGGACUUGCUGGAAAUUGACCGAUGGCGUGCUCAGAAAUUCGAGCGUAGGUCUUACGCAAGCUCUGAGGUGCGACCCUACAAGAAGCAAAUUGUCGGGAAUUUACUCAAAUACCAGUGUCGAGACCGUAGACGAAGAUUCGGCAAUCCUCAUCAAGAAAUCAGUCGGCACGUACCGGAUGUUGAGGUCCGAGCAUGGGUGCAGCGAAAUUUACAGGAGGGACAACUUGAAGUGCCUGAGCUUGUCGAAGAGGAGAAAAUGAUGACGUUCCGCCAGUUCAUAGGGAUACCUGAAACGCCUGUCAUCGUGCAAGGAAGAAACAAAGAUGAAUUGGCGUUCAUGGAGGGAAAAGGCGGUCAAGAAAAGACCCGAUACGGAACUGGGAUUGCUGCUUUACGAUCACGCAGAAAGAAAGAGGAAGAUAAGUUUCCUUUUGUGUAUUAUAGGUGAGCGCAGCAUGAAAAAGGUAAUCCAUUGUAUUGCGCUGGCGUGUGGAAACCACGCAAGAGACUGUACCCAGAAAGAGGUGGCCGAUUCAAGCGUCAAGCACCAAUUUGAAUUUCUAAUUGGAAGAACCUCCACCAACGUGGGAGCGAUUGGAGCGAUGGCUGCUUUGUUGCUUUACUCCGUUCAGUUUCUAGUUGAAACUGAAAGAAGUAACUUAACGUUAGAUCGAAUCUCACAAAGAUCCAC